UCUAUCACUUUACAGCAAUUAUCGUGACAGGAAUGGGUUUCUUCACGGAUGCCUAUGACCUGUUUUGUAUCUCCCUCGUAACAAAGCUACUUGUCCGCAUAUACUACCUGGUGGACGGUGCACCAAAGCCGGAAACGUUGCCCCCCAAUGUCUCCACCGCAGUUAAUGGCGUAGCCUUCAUCGGAACACUUUCUGCCCAGCUCUUCUUUGGCUGGCUAGGUGACAAGCUCGAGAAAAAGAAAGUCUGUGGGUUUGGAAUCUUGACCGGAGGCAUAUUUGCAACCAUUGUCUCAUCGAUAUUCAAGGCGAAAUUCGAUGCUCCGCCAUUUGAGGUCGAUCCGGUAGGCUCAACUGUUCCAGAAGCAGAUUUUGCGUGGAGAGUAAUUCUUAUGGUUGGGGCUCUUCCCGCUGCACUGACAUACUGUACUGCAGAGAGUUACUCACCACGCAAAAUCUGCUCUUGGAACAGUUGAGCCUACCGGAUGAUCAACCUCAUAUGGUGGAGCAUCGAAUUUCGCCUUGAAUAUCGAUGAGAUAACGAUUGCAAAUAUUCCUCCGGCCAAGAUUCCAAACCCCUACA